GAGUGAGCUGCGGGUCAGUCAGCUUCUCCGUUGUAAACAGGCGGUGUUAGAGCUCCAAACUUCGGGUGGGUCCGAGCAAAAGCCAAAGAAACUUCAGAAAAUAUUAUGGUCAUCUCAUAAAUCUAAAAUGGCCACCAUCGAGGGCAAUGACUUGCACACCUUUGGCCCGGAGCUGCCUGCCAUGUUUGAUGGCAUGAAGCUGGCAGCGGUGGCGACCAUCCUCUAUGUCAUUGUCCGCUGUCUGAACCUCAAGAGUCCCACUGCACCACCAGAGAUCAUUUACCAGGACACACUGCUCAGUCACUACCUGCUCAAGACCUGCCCAAUGUUGACCAAAGAAUACGUUCCUCCCUUGUUGUGGGGAAAGAGCGGUCACAUUCAGACGGUCCUCUAUGGCAAGAUGGGACGUGUCAACACUCCAACGCCCUGUGGGGUUCGCAUGCUCCUCCCGAUGCAGGAUGGUGCCACUGCGACCUUUGACCUCUUCGAAGCUCUUGGAGCUCACACCACCGGAGAUGACAUUACCAUGGUAAUCUGUCCUGGGAUUGGUAACCACAGUGAGAAGAACUACAUCCGGACCUUUGUGGAUUACUCCCAGCAGCAAGGUUACCGCUGUGCCGUUCUCAACCACCUGGGAGCCCUGCCUAAUGUUGAGCUCACCUCGCCACGCAUGUUUACAUACGGUUGUACCUGGGAGUUUGCGGCUAUGGUGGGCUACAUCAAACGCACUUUCCCCCAGACUCUACUGGUGGUUGUGGGUUUCAGUCUGGGAGGAAACAUCGUCUGCAAGUUCCUGGGUGAAAACCAAUCAAACCAGGACCGAGUGCUAUGCUGUGUCAGCGUCUGCCAGGGUUACAGCGCCCUCAGAGCCCAGGAAACAUUCCUUCAGUGGGACCAGUGUCGAAGGCUCUACAACUUCGUGUUGGCAGAAAAUAUGAAGAAGAUUAUUCUGUCACACAGGGACAGUUUGUUGGCCAUGCAAUGCAACAAUAUUGGCGAUGGCGAGCUGAACAGACUGUAUGCAGCCACGUCUCUGACGCAGAUUGAUGACAGCAUUAUGAGAAAAUUCCACGGUUAUGGCUCAUUGAGAGAAUACUACGAGAAGGAGAGCUGUGUGCACUACAUCCACAAAAUCACUGUACCUCUCCUCCUGGUAAACUCCUCAGACGACCCGCUGGUUCAUCCGUCACUGCUGGCUGUUCCACGCACACUUGCAGAGAAAAUACCCAAUGUGAUGUUUGCCCUGACUCAGCAUGGAGGCCACAUGGGGUUUUUUGAGGGAGCUGUGCUGUUCCCUCAGCCCCUCACCUGGAUGGACAAGGUCAUAGUGGAGUACACCGAUGCCAUCUGCCACUGGGAGAAGAAGCAGUCGUUCUGUCAGAGGAGCAGCCGCUAUGGCAUGAACUCUUGUCUGGAAAGCAUGUGGUAACACUCAGCGGGUUGCUCGUACAUACAAGUCCAGAGACACACGCACAGCCUGCUCUUCUUCAGCACUUUUGGCCUUAGAGCUGCAUAAUUCUUGGACAUGUAGAUAAUUAGACAACGCAGGCUGAGUGGAGUUGGUUAAACCAACAUGGAAGUAAAAAUUUCCAGAGUGAUAGUACCUGUGAGUGUAAUGUGAUCACAUGCAGAAGUGUUCCUUCCUCUAUUUUUUUAUUUGUAUUUUUUUUAAACUUUCAGAUGAACAAUAGUUUGCCCUCUACUGGUUUUUGGCAGCUACUCCCUUCUUUAUGCUGUAGAGCAGGGUGAUGUAACACGACCAUCGUCCUCUGUCAUAAGAGAAGCAAAGGUGGACUUCUCUCACAAAAGUGUAUUUUCACUAAGAGGAUGUUGUGGUUUAUUGAAGGAAAAACCUGAUAGGAAUGUGGUUUAUUUCUGUCAAAUAAGGUGUUUGACUGAAUUUUGAUAACACUCUAGUUUUUCGCUUUCCAUUUUGUCCAGUGGAUUGUCAGUCUGCAUUUAGGCUCGAUAACAGCAGAACUAGCAGAACUUCAAAGCUCCAGAUCAGCUUGAAACACUCCAUGAAUCAUUUCACUGUGCCUUACAUAACAUAAUAAUAAGUUAUUACUGUGGCAGAAUGAGAGAGAUUAAUCUCAUAAAUGCAGCUGUUUACAUGGUAGGAGAUAACCAAAACACAUAACUGUUUUCUUCAUUUGCACAGCAAUAAGAAUACAAUCACAAAGAAGAAAACAGAAAAUUCACUGUAAAUAAAAAAGCAGGAGAAUAAAGAAGCCUUAAAGGAUUAUUGUAAACAUUCCCAGUGUACAAAUACUUUAACCAGAGCUGAGAGGCGAGGUUAUGAACAUGGUACAAACAGCUGUUUACAGUAAGUUUGGAAAAUGGGAAAACUUGUGACUGACCUCGCAAAUACCAGUUUGGGCUUCAGUUUAAACACAGUAGAGGUUUAAUAUUAAACAUUAGCCUAGUUUUGGCCUGGGGUUGGGGUGGGGGGUGUAAGCAGUUUAUUGCUACCAACUGGAUAGUGGAGGUUGCUACAUGAAUCAUUAAACACAGUUAAGAGUAAUGCUCUGUGGUGACUCAUGGUACUGUAAGUUUCCACCAGAAGUGUUUGAGUAAAGGUCUCAAACACUGACAAAGGUGGUGAGUACACAUCAAUCUUUGUUGGUUUUUAUUCUGAGCUUUUAUUAGCAUGUUAAGCACUUACUAAUCGCAGUUGCCUGUGAGUAACAUCCUGUCAGACACUGUGUAAAUGCAGUGGACUCCACUCCACUAAGUCUACAGUUUUCUUUUUAAUCAACUUUUAAUUAUCUAAUGCAUUUUAUAUCUGCUCUGCUGAAGUCAAAGGUGAUACAACAGCACCACUACUACAUAAGUGCAAUAUGUCCUGACUUUUUCACUGUUUGCUUGCACUUUAUUGUCUCCAUUGUUUCUACUGCACUUUGUAGAGUCAUUGACGAUUAAUAAAAGUAGAUGAACAAACUUUUUGGUGUGAUGUUACAAAUUAACUUCCAUUAUAUGCAAAGUGCAAAACAUUGCUGUAGCUUGUUCCUGGAUAAAUAGAACUCAGUAUUAGCUGGAAUAUAAGACAAAGGUAUUUAUAUUUUCUUGAAAUUACUUGACAAGAUUUUCU